AUGGACGACGCGGUGCAAGAGCCGGAGAAGAAGAACUGCACCUUUCUAUUUAAAAGGCGUAAAAUUCGCAAUAAUGCCACGAGAAAGCGGAGAGGAGCGGACGGCAGUGAUAAUAGCAGCGAAGAUGAGACCAUGGUGGUUAAGAAGGAAAAAAAGCAGGAUGAUCACAAUCCCAUGAUACAAAGCACAAGUGUGAAUAAACAUCAGAAGAAGAUUAAUUGCGAUGAUGAUAAUAGCGAGGAUGACAGCAUAACUGUGUCAUAUAAGAGUAGCAGAACGGCUCUACCGGCUGGUCCAAGUGACCAAGGAGCAACGGCUAUUCUGCAGACAGAAACAGAAAAAGAUAGAGACGCGCAGGCACUGUUUGAGAAGGCCCAAAAAAUAAACGAGGAAUUAGAAGGGAAAGAAGAUGAUAAAAUUUAUAGAGGCUUGAAUAAUUAUGUACAAUACUAUAAAAAGAAGGAUACUGCGGCUGGAAAUGCAUCCAGCGGAAUGGUACGCAAGGGACCAAUUCGAGCACCGUCUAAUCUUAGAGCAACAGUCAGGUGGGACUAUCAACCUGAUAUAUGCAAAGAUUACAAAGAGACUGGUUUCUGUGGUUUUGGAGAUAGCUGUAAGUUUUUACACGAUCGAUCAGAUUAUAAAUUGGGAUGGCAAUUGGAAAGAGAAGCUGCUACUGGCGAAUAUAACGACAGUGGAGACGAAGACGAUAAGAAAUAUGAGAUUGACAGUGAUGAGGACAAUUUGCCAUUCAAAUGCUUUAUUUGUAGAAAUAGUUUCACGGAUCCUGUUGUUACAAAAUGUAAACAUUACUUUUGUGAAAAAUGUGCUUUGGAGCAAUAUAGGAAAAGUACACGAUGUUACAUCUGCAAUGCCCAAACUAACGGUACAUUUAAUCCUGCAAAAGAACUUAUUGCACGAACUAAAUUGGAAGAAAAGGAGAUAACCGCAGCAAGCGAAGAUUCUAGUGAAGAUUAAGGAGUAAAACUACUCUAGCACGAAAAUUAAGCUUAACUUAACUUUAUGAAUUUUUUUCGGGAAUGUAAUGAAAAAAAUAAAAAUAUGUAUUUUAGGUCUUUGUUGUAUAUACAUUAAAGUGUAAAAUAAUUUUUUUUAUAAUUUUAUUACAAAAUGGCGACGCUACAGCUCUGCAAUGUAACAUCUUCUCAUGGACAAUGCUCUGCGACCGGAACGAUAACUCCAGCAAUUUUUAAUCUAAAAUAAAAAAAACAAAAAUUUUUUUAAUCUACAUUCCAAAAGCUAGAGAAAGACAUACGAAAAUUGCAAUAUACCAUUUUUUUACCAUUUAAGCAAAAAAAAAACGAUUUUUUGAAAAUUCUAGAGUGGC